GUGUGUACUAGUCUGAAGCCCCCUCAUACAUGAGACAACUGAGGAUGAAGCCCAGUCCUUCCGUGAAAUAAACAAAGCGCAUCGGAAGUCCCCAAAAAGCGCAUAAUUGACCAAGCGUUCUGUUUGACGAUGAGGAAAGUGUGAAAGAGGCGCAGUCGCCACCACCGGUGAGCGCACAGAGUACUGACCACACGCGGGACACUUCUCCUCCAGAGCGACUACGUCCCAACGACCUAGGACGGACUUUAUCCAACGAUUUAUUCAACUAUUUACUUGGCUGCUGAUUCCUCUCUGUUUCGUCCAUCGGGCGUACGGAAACAGGGAAGAAUAGGUGGGCCAGGAGAAAAGGGGAAAAAGACGCAACUAUGGCAAAAGCAAGGCUGACUGACUCCCCCGGAGUGUGCAAUGAGAAAUUACAAGAAGUAGACUCUCGUCUUGCCAUCCACCAGAAAGGAUAUCAUAUUUGACAGCUCAAGGGACGUAAACAAAACAUGCGCUCCUCUUAGUGGAAACUAGAAACUGUUUCCGGAUUAAGUGGUGGCACAUUUUCUAUAUUCUCUGAGAGGACUGUCCACUUGGUCCGUCUCAUGAAGUCUUGCUCAUGCUUCGGUCGAGGAGUACAGUAUUUAUUAUUCUAUGACGUAGGGCACAGUGAUUGUCGUCCGUUUUGUCGGGACUCGUAGACUUCUAGGUCCGCAUUGGCGACAGAAAGUCCAAAAACUUCAGGGGGAUAGAGCAAAGAUGCCGGUUCGACGGGGUCACGUGGCACCACAGAAUACUUUCCUCGAUACUAUCAUCAGGAAAUUUGAUAGUCAAUGUCGUAAGUUCAUCAUCGCCAAUGCCCGGGUGGAGAACUGUGCCAUCAUAUUCUGCAACGAUGGCUUCUGCGCCAUGUGCGGCUACUCGCGAGCAGAGAUCAUGCAGAAACCCUGUACCUGUAACUUCCUGUACGGCCCUCAAACCAAGCGGUUGGCCAUCGCCCAGAUGGCCCAAGCACUGCUGGGCUCGGAAGAGAGGAAAAUGGAGAUCAACCUGUACAGGAAGGACGGUAGGACCAUACGCAGUGUGUGUGUGUGUGUGUGUGCGUGUGUGUUUUGCGGUGAGGUUGAAAACUCGUACAAGUUCAACCUGCUUAGUUACUAUGGUUUCCAAGAACCACUGUACCAUAUCUUCUAUACUUGGUUCAUAUUCAUGACUGUAGUUGCUAGUCUCUUGGUGUAUUCUCAAGUCCCCCCUCUGAUGCCUGAUCAUUGGUUGUGUCAGUCAUCCUGGUUUGUGAGGUCAUAUGGGGAAAACACUCAGGAGGAAUAUCCCGGGAACAUGCAGUGCUUCCUGGUCUAUCAGGCUCUGGGCUGGUGGCCAGUGACACACUACUCAAUCACCUCCAGGUAAUAGAGAUACACACCCCCCACCGGGUGAGAUAUGUCAGACAGGUCCAACUGAGGAAAGCGCUACAGUAUGAUAGAGGAGUCAAAGAGAAAGCAAGACUGAUGAAGUGAGAUACUGAGAAAAGGUAUAGGUGAAAAAAAUAAAGGAAGAGAGAGGGCGGCUGCAGUUCUCAGUUCCUGGAGAGUUCCACUGGAAGGAGGUGAGAGAGAGGUGAGAGAGAGGUGAGAGACAGGUGAGAGAGAGGUGAGAGACAGGUGACAGACAGGUGAGAGAGAGGUGAGAGAGAGAGGUGAGAGAGAGUAGAAAGACAGGAGGAAAGUAAGACAAGGGAGAGGUUAGAGGAGAAAGAGAGAGAGAGAAAGAGAGAGAGAGAGAAACAUAGCAGAGGUGAAAGGAGAGAGGCUCAGACUGAGGAGGUGGUAUUUAUCAGUUCCUCUCCUAGCCUUGUUCGUUUUGAUUAAGAGGAGAGCUGCACAGCAGCAGCACAGAGCUACAUAGCUAACUGUAGCAGCAGUAGUAGAACGCUACAUGGCUAGCUGUAGCAGCAGCACAGAGCUACAUAGCUAACUGUAGCAGCAGUAGAGCGAUACAUGGCUAGCUGUAGCAGCAGUAGAGCGCUACAUGGCUAGCUGUAGCAGCAGUAGUAGAACGCUACAUGGCUAGCUGUAGCAGCAGCAGUAGAACGCUACAUGGCUAGCUGUAGCAGCAGUAGAGGGCUACAUGGCUAACUAUAGCAGCAGUAGAGUGCUACUUGGCUAGCUGUAGCAGCAGUAGAGUGCUACUUGGCUAGCUGUAGCAGCAGUAGAAGGCUAUAUGGCUAGCUAUAGCA